AUGCUCAUGUACCCUACUGUACGUAAGGGUCUCAUCACCGAACCAACUUCUGUUCCGUUCCAGGACACCGUUCGCAUACAAGACGACCACUUCCUCCCCGAGUUCUCCUACGAGGUCUCGUGCUUCAACCAGCAACCCCAGCCGAGACUCGACUCGCCUUUCCACUACCACCACCACCAGGACUUCCAGUUCUCUCCGCCCUCUUCCACGCCCUCUUCUCCCACCUUCUCCUCGCCUUCCUCUUCCAUCGCCUACCCUCCGACCACUGCCGUCGCGUCCGAAUAUCCCGCCGUCUUUGACGGCCACACUUCUCUCGAGGCUCCUUCGAUGACACCCGCAUCCUCCUACAACCCCUCCAUCCACCUUCAGCAGCCUGCGUCGCCACCGUCUUCGCAACCGUAUCUUCCUCAAUAUUCUCAGCAAUAUUUGAUUGACAACACCCCGAUGUUGGCGCAACAACAGCCCGUCGCAAACAGUCACUGGGAAGGCAACUUGCAGUUGCUCGGCCCUGCCCCCGUUCAGAACGGUUUCCAGCGGGUAUCGCAGCUCCAGGACUCCCAGAAGCGGUCUUCGCCUAGCUCAUCGAGUCGCUCUGCCAACUCGCACCGAAGAUCCAACAGCUCCAACGUUUCCAAGCCGCUGCCUACGCCUGUGCAGACUCCCGUGCAAAAUUCGCUGUUGGCCACUCCCUUUCAGAACUACGACCCGUCUUCGCAUGAUGGUAGCAACGCUCAUGCAGAGCUAGCUAUGAGACGGGCAGUGAUGGAACAGCAGAAGCAGCAUCACCAGCACCACCAGCACCAGCACAGUGACUACUCUUUGGCUCCUUCAGUUUCGACUGUCAGCCACAACUCGCCUGUGACUCCUCAGACAAGCUUUGACGAGCUCGAUGAUGCGUCCAGGGCGAUGGCCAAUGGUGAGAACCGAGUUCCCGACGUAGAAAACUGGAUGGAUAAAUACUUACAUAUCGAUGCGUUCUCAGAAUAUGGCAAUCAAGCCGGAAACAACAUGAUGGGCAUUCCCAAGCUGAACCGCACUAUCUCAGAUAUCUACCAAGAUGAACUCUACAACCCCGCCAUCAUGUCUACGCCUCAGGUCUCCAAGCAACAACCUGCCGCUCAGAACAUGUUGACACCAUACCGCAACGUCUUCGCAGACCGACUCCAGGCUGCUAACCAAGGCCACAUGUCUGCACGAUCACAGUCUCCCGCAGUGCCCAUCAACCGGGCCCAUUCACCCUUCAGACAGAAUUCGCCUCUUGCGGGCGAGUUUGGCAACAUGCCGCAGCCCCAGAUGGCUACCAGCGUGCCUAUGUCUCAGACCACCAGCAUGAGCAUGGGCCAGGUUGAGCCAAAGACCAUGUCUCCCAAGGACGCACUGUUGGAUUUCAAUGAGGGCGAGGAUGCUGCUAUGCCACCAUUGUUCCCAUCGAACCAGGCCGAUUUCAACUUGGGCGACACACUGGGACUACGACGCGAGAGUUCCUCUUCCUUCCGAACUGCUCAGAACUUUACUACGAUGGAGUCGUUCCCUGCUCAAUACGCUACUCACGGUUUGCCACAGCAGUAUCAAAUUGCGCAGCAACCCCAAGACAGACGGUCAUCGUCUCAACAGCAGCAGAACAACUUCUUGCAGCACACACCCGAGUUCCCUGCCUCGCUUCCUACCCUGGAAUCCACUGGCAGCGAAGUUCUUCCUAGUACAGAGAUCACUUCGCCGCAGCAAGCGCAGCGGGUUCCGAUCAAGCAGGAGAUUACGCGACCGACCGAUACCUCUUCGGACAGUGGUACCUACACAUGUACGUAUCACGGCUGCACCCAACGGUUUGAGACCCCGACCAAGCUACAGAAGCACAAGCGUGAGGCCCACCGUCAGACCACUCCAGGGGGUCACCUGGUUGGGCGUGAACCUACAUCGCGCAACUCUCAGGCCGGUCCCCACAAGUGCGAGCGGAUCAACCCAUCUACUGGCAAGCCAUGCAACUCGGUCUUUUCGCGACCCUACGAUCUGACACGGCACGAGGACACCAUCCACAAUGCCCGUAAGCAGAAGGUGCGCUGCCACCUGUGCACAGAAGAGAAGACCUUCUCGCGGAACGAUGCAUUAACUCGACACAUGCGAGUGGUCCACCCCGAAGUCGACUGGCCCGGCAAGCAAAGGCGGAGAGGCAGGGAGUGA